AUGUCGAACCCAACCGCCGUCGCCCGCACGGCUCCCAUUGCUAUAGCCUCCCGCAGACCCCGUCCUGACUCCUCGUCGAACGAGCUCUCGAACAGCAGCCAUCUCACAGGCAGAGCACAGCUUUCGGGAAGCAUGAGCAGCUCGGCUUCUGGAGAAUCGGGAACCAACAACAUUCGGAGUCGGAAAGAGAGGCCGUGUGAUGCCUGUCGGAGGAGAAAGAGCCGUUGUGUAAUCAACGAGGGGCAGACGACCUGUGUGCUGUGUCAGUUUCAUACGCAGGAGUGCACUUUUGUCCAGAGUCCGCAGCCGAGAAAGAGGAAGCUAAAUACAGAAGGAAAGGAAGAGUCUGUGGCGAAGAGGAGGAAACGAAGGACAACUGAGUCGAGUGUCUCGAGUCUUGGAGCAACAAACUCAUUAGUGGAGGAUAUGGCCAAUAUUGGUGGUCCAACCUUACUGAAACGAACACUGGGUUUACAAAAUGAUCGAUACAGCCAAUACAUUGGCCCAACGACCGACUUCGAGCCGUCACUGAUCGACCUGUCGCCAUUCGAUCCUCAAGAUGAGAGUUUAUUAUCGCGAGGAACACUGAGGAAAGUUAGCGACAUUGAUACAUUUCUUAUGCUACCAGACUACAACACACCUGGCCAGGAGCAUGUGAUUGACGAUGUGGACGCAAUUGAAGACAUCGUGAAACCUCACGGGCCGGCGCUGCUGGAGCUAUAUUUCAGAAUCAUUCAUCCGAACUUCCCCAUCUUACAGAAGGCGGUUUUCUAUGAGAAGUAUAACAGGUCGUACCGAGAAUUUUCCCCUCCGAUCCUGGCUGCUGUAUAUAUACUAGCCAUUAAUUGGUGGGACCACAGCGAUGACCUCGCCAAUCAGCCACGUCCCGAUCUGAGGGAAUUGGAACGCCUGGCACGUGUUACGUUAGCAGAUGCCAUGUACAGACCCAAGUUGUCGACAAUACAAGCUGGUCUCCUGCUCUCACAACGACCAGAAGGAGAUCAAUGGGCCCCCACAGCUCAAUUGGUAGCCAUUGGCCAGGAAUUGGGACUCCAUCUCGACUGCUCCAAUUGGAAGAUACCUCCGUGGGAGCGUGGGCUACGAAAAAGAUUGGCUUGGGCUCUAUACAUGCAAGACAAGUGGGGGUCGUUGGUUCAUGGUCGUCCUUCACACAUCUUCGCUUCCAACUGGGCGGUACAGUCACUGUCACAGAAUGACUUCCCCGAUGUUGAGUACGACGAAUCAGAUGCUGAGGAAAGCGCCGAGUAUGAACGUGGUCGCCUACUUUUCACCCAGAUGAUUAUUCUGUCUCAAAUCCUAUCUGAAGUCCUCGAUACUUUUUAUACUCUCCAAGCCAUGGCGGCUGUUACCCAGGCCGGUGCUCAGGGCACGCACCUCGUCCUCCAACUCGCUAAACCUGUCCAAUUGAAACUGAAAGAAUGGUUUGCGGCUCUGCCGCAAGCUCUCCGGAUGGAUUCGUCGACUGCUAUCCAAAACACCAACAGACUUAUCUCAACCGGUUUCCUUCACCUCGCCUACUUCGCCACUGAAAUCACUUUACAUCGUCGCAUCAUUCGGUCUCUGGCUCCUCAAGCUUCCUCAGCUGCACAAAACAAUGCUCCUGCUCUCGAUCCAUAUAUAGUGCAUAUUUGCAGGAGUGCCGCGAAGACACGGUUGAUCUCAGCUAUGGACUUCGUCAACCGUCUCACCUCUUCUCAUCUAAGAUCCUUCUGGUAUUUUGCUUCCAAAACAAAUUUCGCUCUGAUAGGAACCUUUGGUUCCCUGUUAUGGGCCACAGCCCCUGGAAGAGAAGAAGCAGACUGGUACAGAAGGAGAUUGGGAGAGUAUAGAUGGACCUUAGGUGUAUCAGGCAAAGGCGGCGGUGCUGAUGGUGGCAAUGCUCUUCUGACAGAAUUCGCCUUGAACAUGCUAGAUACUUCGACCUCACUUCUCAAAUCCUUACCGGAGAAACCAGCUCUAAGCAGAGUGGGAAGCGAGAGCGAAAAUCUAGGUGGCACGAAACGACAAAGAAGCAUAGCAGAGGGCUACGGCUAUGGAUUCAACGUCGGCGGAGGUUUUGCCGUUGGUGGACCCCGCGGAGAUGGUAGCGUAGGAAGCUACGGAGCCGAACGAGACGGUGAGAACGAAUCUAUUGUCCGAAGCGGGCUAGCCAGCCCAAGUACGAGUGUCAGCUCGGGAGGGAGUGGACUUGGAUAUGAUACGUAUUUAGCUCAGCCACCUGGAUUUGGCGCCCCUACUGAGGAGGGAUAUUGA